CACUGGUGAAACGCGCUUCGUUUUUAUUUUCCAAUUUAGAAAAAUAUUUCGAUUAAUUUUCAAUGCAGUAAAAUUUCAGUAGUCAACUGUGCAUUUGUCUGAGGAUACCCUUCGGAGGAUCAUGACUACUUUAGAUUCACCGAGUCGAAAUAAAAUGUUUAAUGUAUGUGUGACGGACAGAAAAUGCUGGAGGAGCUCAGCAAGGCAGCAUCUCUGGAGGGGAAUAAACAGCCGGAGACCCUUCGUCAGGACUUGGCUGCUUUAAUGCAGCGUACGACUGUCCUCAGAUGGUUAUAUAACCUUGGCCAGUCGAUUCUGUCGGAAGUUGCAGACUCUUAGCGCAGCGCCAACACCAGAACGAGCCUUCGUGGCGACUUCGUAAAUCUUUGCGAGAGCCGGGCGCCGAUUCGGCUACUUUCGGAAGGGGAGCCGAAGCCGAUUCGGCUACUUUCGGAAGGAGAGCCGGGCGCCGAUUCGGCUACUUUCGGAAGAGGAGCCGAAGCCGGGGCUCGGGGGGGGGGGCCGAAGGUGACGUAGGCAGAGUUCGCCGUCGGCUUGAAACCGAUGACGAGCGCACACAAAAUGAAGUCGGCGGCGCCGAUGCUGACAUUUUAACCAAUAAACCGCCAAAUGGUCGAGCGGGGUUCCUGCUCGGAAGUGGAGGAGGGAUAUGACCGCUUUCAUUACUCAUCCAUCAGUGAGGGUUAAAGGAACAGAGCAUAACUACAAUCCAGUUCUCUGCCAGGAUGAGAAAUGUUCUGCCAGUUCUAAAGGUAGCCACAUGCACUGUCCCUUUUGUAGUGUGACUGAAGCCUACCAGGAUCCUGUCAUCUUGAGAGCACAUUACAGAGUUAAGCAUGUUGAUAAAGGGCUUGAUUUUGCAGGCUUAAAGAUUCUUCGUUGCUGUAACCACUGUGACAUCAUUGGAACUAUCAAAGGAGAGAAAAAAUUCAAAGGUGCACACUGGCAUUGCUACCGGUGCCGAAAUGGUUUCAAUAGGCGUGAUGAAGCGGUCAAGCACUAUAAAACUCAUUUCCGCAAUCCUCAUACCACUUUCCAGAUUCAAGUUACACAGGAGGUAAAUAGUCGACAGUAUUAUGAACAGAGUGCGGAAGCUCAUCAUAAAGCUUAUGGAGGCACCCAAGUUACCUCUAGUGGGGCAAUGAAUAUCACUUCAGUUAGUCCUGUUAUUACAGAGACUGCUGUUAGCACAUCGACCACGACCCUUGCCACUGUGAAUAGUGAUAAUACUGGACCAACUCGAAAGGACAGCAGGUUGACCAAUGGCAUUUCUCCUGCAGAAGAUUCCUUGGGAUCUGCAUCAACCAUGGGACAUCAAACUCUGGUGUUAAUGGAUCCAGAUGGAGAAAAUGGAGAGCUUGUAUAUAAUGACAACACAAACCUAAUUACUGAUCAGAAUGGUGAAGCUUUGGAUCAGAAUCUGCUCAUAGGGAAGCAGCUGUUAGAACUACAUCAACAGAAUCAGCAGCUACGGGUGGAGAAGGCAGAGAACGAGCACAGACUGCAAAUGCAAGUGCAGCAGCUGAAGGGCCAGAUUGCAGGUCUCAUGGAGGCCAAUUGGCAAAUGGCGGAAGAAUUAAAGCAAUAUAAAUGUUCCGAAGACGUUGAGAACAAAAUAAAUCAAAUGAUUGAACAAAUGGAGGUCCAGCACAGGGAACUCCUUCAGAUGCAGUUGGACCGAUUACGGAAUGAGUACAGUAAGCGAAAACAUCAAACUAAUGGGAGCCCUGUUUCUAGUCAGGACUCCACAGAUGACUGCACUGCUGGAACAACAAAACAAGCAUUAGUGGAUGCUUCAACUUUGUCUCCCAGGAGUCACAGUAUUAGUCUGACCAUACCUACCAGCAUUGUGACAUCAGCACAAAUGAUGGCCUCUGACCAUGAGGUCUUGGCAACAUCACAAGAUGGAAUUGCAGGAUCUGGAGUGGACCUCAGUUCAGGAAAUGUCAUAUCCUUCAUUGAGCCCAGUGAUAAUUCAUCAAAUGGCUCUGCGGGUUUGACAACACUUGAAAUUGUGGAGGUCCAUUUAGACAAUGAGUCGACCAUUUCAAAUAUUGAGUCUUCUUCCCCAACACGUGUACAUUUAUAUCCAGUCACACAUGUCAAUAAUCAUAUGGAACUUUCAACCAGAAAACGGGUCUGUGAAGAUAACUCUGAAGAAGAAAGUCAACCAAAAAUUCAGAGAACUAUUUAAAGCAGGAUACGACUGAGACUAUGACAUAGUAUCUAUGUUGUAUCUAAAUAUAUGCCUUAUUUUUAAUCCAUAUUUUCAAUGAAUAAUUUAUUUACAGAAUAUUUAAUAUUUAGAUCCAUUCUAAUUUCAGUGUUUUUAAGUGCAUCGAUGUAUAAACUAUAACCUCUUCAGGUUUCUGUCUGUCAGGGAGGUAAUGUACAACUUCCCUAUGCAGUAGAAGAUCUUUAGGCAAUAAGCCCUUGAGAGUGAAAGAGCAGGAAUGUUGACAGUGUCUGAUCUCUUCUCACCCCCCCACCCACACCAAAAAAAAAUAGACAGCAGCACUGAAGCAAAUAUCAGACGAAAAGUUAAAUGGAGAUUUAAAAAAAUAAGGUUAACAAAUAGUGAGAAUUUCUGUCAAUAAACCUUUAAUGCAAGUGCAUUUUUAUCUUUAAUUACAGCACUUAGCAGUUAUGAUCUGACACUACAUGAAUAUUUGUUUUUUUUUACCAGAAUGAAAGCAUUGGCACUUUAUUGUCAUUUAAUAGUCAAAGUACUUACUAUCAUUUGACAAACUCAUGUGAAUAUACUGUUUGAUAUCUCCUAUGCAAUAACAUGGUGAAUAUACAAAGAACUAGACAGAUUGUAGUGGUGUUUUAAUGUAGAUGUUUUUAAAAAAUUACAUUUAAAAGCAAGUACAGUCCCUGCUAGAUAGUGCUAAUAAUCUUUUACCAUAUUUUGCUUAACAUUUUUGAGUAAUCCUGAUUUUGCAGCAAGUUGCAUUUCUUCUCCAUCUCCUUUUUCCCAGCACCAUCAUUGUACAAACUGGUACUCCAGCCAUAUAUCCCUCAAUCAUAGCAUUAACCUACUCCGUAUGAAAUCAAUUUGGGUGGAGAGUGUGAGGGCAUAACGUAGAUGGAUAAUUAAUAGGGAAGAGUUCCAUAUGUUCUCUCCACAAGAUUAUCAGGGAAACAUGAGGAGAAUAUGCUGGAAGGAGAUAACCACCUUAACUAAAUGCAUUUAGCCCACAGGUACUGUGCAGGGUGAAUGAUUACAGAGUUCCUCGGAUGCUUUUGCUGUUUUCAGAAGACAGGGAUUCAAUUCAUCCUCUUAAGGCUGUUCUGUAUCAAAUGUCCAAGUGACUAUGUGCUAUUUAUUUCUUUCUGCUUUGUUCACAUGAAGCUAAGUUGGUAACUUGUACUUGCCUGAGAUUUCCAAAUUGACAGUGUUUCAUUCCAAUUCAGUUACUUUUAUUUUAACUUUCCAAAGCAAUUUUGAGGCUGAAGAUUGUUGCUGCACAAUUUUCAUUCCAUGCUUAGAGUAUUAUGAAGGAGGAGAAAAAUAUUCCAUCCUAGAUGUCUGAUUAUUGUGACACAUCCAUUGUAUAGCAUUUUGUUUGUUCAGUGAAACAAACAUCUUCACCUAUGGCUUCUUCUGCAUUACUUUUUCACUCCAAACGCUGUAGUUUCAAUUUGUAUAUUUGUGAAAUAUACACAUUGUGAAAUGCUGAAUUUACUGUAUAUUUUUACGUAAACUACAUUUUUAUAAUUAAAUACAAUAUGUAUCUAUAAUAUCAGCAAAGUAGUAUAUUCCUGGAUUGCAUGUUUGCAUUAAACACAAAUCUGUAUACAGGCUAUCGCCCCCUUAUGGGA